AUGGCUGAACUUAUAGCUUCAUUUUUAUCUAACUUUGGUUUAUUAUUUUCUGAUGCGGGUUGUUGUAGCAAGCAAAAGGUUAAACUUAAAAAUAUAAAUUUUUGUGGGUUUGAGGAAUUGCUAAAUAACAAAACAAAAAAAGUACUAAAUGAAAAAAAAAAAAUAAGUAACUUCAUAAAUAUUUGUAAUUCUAAAGAGGGUUAUAGCAUAUCUAAAUAUUACUUGGAUGGGUGCAUCAAAAAAAAGGAUGUAAUAUAUAAUAUAGAAGGUAGUAACUUAAAUAAAAGUAAUAAUUGUAGCAUUUAUAUGAAUAAUAGAGAGGAUGAUGAAUCAAACACAGUCAUAGAUUUAGAUAAUGAAAUACUCAUAGGUAAUUUUCAAUUUAAUAGUUCGAGGGAUGAUGGCAAAUCUUCAUUUGAUAAUAACCAAUAUUCUAUAAAUUAUGAUGAGAAUAAUUUAGAAAUACAGAGAAUGAAUAAAAAUACAGAUGAAAAAAUUAAAAGAUUAAAAAACAGCUCAAAUGAUUUAUAUGAAAAUGAAUCAAUUAAUAAUAGCUCUUCCAACAAAAAAAAUACUACUGAUAAAAAUUAUAAUUAUAUAAUUUCAAAACAAAAUGCAAAAAAAACAAAUAUGCUAUCAAAUGAUAAAUCUAAAAAUAGAAAGAAAAAUUUAUUUUCAUAUCCUACUACUACUACAAAAUUUAAUUUUCCUUUAUCUCAUCCAUCCGGUUCAUAUAAAGAUGCAGCUUCCGAUGCUUCAUCGGAAUUUUUUUCAGUAGUUAGUAAUCUUAAAUCUAACAUAUAG